GACAGACGACUCCUGUGGACUUUGGACAGUGGUGCAGCAUUGCAUGUUACCUACAGAAAGGAACUUUUCACAGAGAUGCACGAGCCAGAACCAGAACUACGUGAACUUUAUUCUUUUUCAAAUCAUUCUUGCCAGGUCAAAGGAAAAGGAACUGUUUAUGUUGAAGAGCUCGAUGCAUUCAUUCCUGAUGUUUAUUACAUACCAACAGCAACCAGUAAUUUGCUUAGUCAGUGUCACUUGUCUAGAAUGUUAAAGUUCCAGGUUCACCACCUUGAAAAAGCAAGUUACAUAGUUAAAGAUGGCGAUAUUGUUGCUGAAACCAUAUUAAUUGGUGGUGUUUAUUACUUAAAGCCAAAGCCUAAAACACAAACACAGGCAAGUAUGCAAACUCCAAAAAGGGAACGCACAGGCCCAGAUAGAGAUGCUCCAGAGAGAGAUCCUGUUGCUAUUCCAAAGGCUCCUAAAGCCAACAAAAAUAGAAUUGGUAAACAGGUUGCUCAGAGCAAGCCUGAGGUUCCGCAUAAAAAUGUUAAUGUUGAGAAUUCACUAACAGGUAAACCUUUGCAUUCCAGGUGUAUCCACAAAUGGCAUAGAAGAUUGGGGCAUGCCAGUUUCCGUGUUCUUAGGAAGAUGCCGGAGUUCGCAAAAGUCACAGAUAUCUGGACACACCCGAUCCGACCGAUCACCGUGAUGGAAGACAAUGAAUCGGUGAUUUAUAUUUCUGAAUCUCAUUUCACAGGUUCUAGGUCCAGACACAUUGACAUCCGUUACCAAAACAUAAAGCAUUUAGUGAAAAAAAGGUUUUGUCAAAAUGCAAUAUGUAUCUACACAUGAUCAAAUUGCUGAUAUGCUCAACAAACCACUUCCAGCAGCUCAACAUGAGUAUCUGCGUGAGAAGAUGUGCCUUAUUUGAUGAUGUACUGAUAUUCGCUCAACUGGCAAAAGAAGGGGAAUGUCACUGCGUUAUUUUAUUUGCCAGCUGAACUCAUCAUUUCUGGACUGUCAGACUCUCCGUAGCUUUGCCAACUUCUUAUCAGUAAACUACGUGUUUCCGU